GGGGUUCAAUUUAUACAUUUUGCAAAUUCAGCAGAAUAAAACAAUUGGGGUUUUGCACUUUUGUAAUUUUACUGCAAAAUUUUUGCACAUGAUUUGUAAUUAAUAAUUAUUAGUAAUUAGUGUCUUCUAAUCACCGAGCUGUAAAUUGUAUACGUAGGAAAGUCGUGAAUCUGAUGGUCUAAUCGAAUAAAUGAGACAUUUUCAAGAUCAAAAAGGACACAUAAUUACGAAGUGAUCUCAUUGUCGGCUAAAGUUAUCUGUGCAUUUUAGGAAAAACAUUAUUCCGACAAAAUGAAGACUUUUGCCGACUUGUUCAGAAGGUUGUUACAUAUUGGACCAUUGAGCACUUUGGUUCUUAUCAAGACAAUAACGCUAUCCGUCAUUUACUGCUCGUUAAUGUGGUGGCCUCCGAAUGAAAGUAUUGGAGGAUUAUUGUCACUGACGUCUUUCCUAGUUUCAAGUGGAAUGGUCAUGUUUAAUUUCUUCUCAGCGAUUUCAAACGGUCCUGGCUUUUUGCCCUUGGGAUGGACCCCAGAAGAUACGAGUUCAAAAUCCAAGCUACAGUACUGCAGCAUUUGUAAAGGAUUCAAAGCACCUCGCGCCCAUCAUUGCAGGAAAUGUGGACGAUGCGUCAUGAAACUGGAUCAUCAUUGUCCAUGGAUCAACUGUUGCGUGGGACAUCACAAUCACGCAUAUUUCGUCUCCUUUCUCUUCAGUGCAGUGAUUGGUUGCUCCCAUGCGACCGUUGUUCUCGUGUGUUCCUUGUAUAGAGCUAUGUAUCGUACUUACUACAUGUACUACGGAGUUAACGUUCCAUUCGUCUACUUGGGAAUGUACGGCUUUAUCUGGUGUUUGUUUAGCUGUGGAUGCGCCGUCGGUGUGGCGCUUGGCGUUGGGGUGCUUUUGUUCUACCAGAUGAAAGUCGUUCUAAAGAAUGAGACGACAAUUGAAGAAUGGAUUAUCGAGAAGGCAAACUAUCGAAGAAAGAUUUGCCCUCAUUUACCCCCAUUCAGUAAUCCGUACAAUCUUGGUCGAAAAAAGAAUUUCAUGUUUGUCAUGAAUUUAUCUUGUCUUCCUGUGGGGAACGGGUGCGACUGGCCGGUUGCAGAAAAUGCUGACCAAUACUCGAUGACGAUUGAGCAGAUUCAACAAAAAAAUGAUAAAAAGCGUCGAACUCGAGAAUGCACCGUUAUCGAAGAAUACGGCGGCUCUUGGUUCCCCAUCUCUAAAGGUUUCGCCGUUUUCUUCCACCCACCGUGUUCCGACGAGCCACGAAUUGCUGUACGCAAGGACGAUCGAAUAAUGGUCACUCGAUGGAAAAAGCAUUGGAUUUAUGCAGAAAUAUUCACCAACGAGCAUCACCCAGGAGCAGAUUGUAUCAAGGUCAAAGGAUGGCUUCCACGUCGGUGUGCCAUAGAAGUUAUGAACUCGACAUUAUCCCAGCACAGCGACUCUGAGACUGAACAAGCUGAAACAACUCCAUCGGUUAAGAAGAACAACUGACGUCUACUUAAUUAGUCCUUUUGCAUACAUAAAAUAUUUGCAGCAGCAGCAUUGAUAACAUUUUAUAAGGUAUUACUCUAACAGUAUGCGAUAGUUUUGUAUUUUCAAAAAUUCUGUCCAAUUUUUUUGUAACUUGCUACAUAUUCUUCUCUCGGUCUAAAACGUAUUAUUGUUUGCACAUUUCUUUACGAUCUCUAGUCCGAAACAGUGAUAUUUAUGUAGUUAUUACAGCUCGCAAAAAUAAUUUUGCAACCGUAUAUAAAAAUGUAUGUCUUCCCCCUGCCUCUUUUUGAGCAGUGCUAAACCAACGUUUGUUAAGUUAAGCGAUUGACGUCAGUAGUUGUUCACUUCACUCCACUUCUGGUUUUGCAGAGUUUGAUUCUUCUUUCACUGUCAUGGCCAUUAUCCCAUUGUGUCUAUUUUCGUUUGGAGUACAGCACUUGUUAAAAUAGAAUAUUAUUAGUUGUUUUGUAUGUAUGUAUGUACAUCUGACUGAUGUUCGCCUAAGCAAAGACAGUGGCCGCGGAAGCGUAGGGACACUGUCCCCACCCACGGUUAUUCGAUGUCCCCAUCAUCUCCCCAUUUUAUACAAACCCCUCCCCCUAUCCCACAAUGUUAAUGUCCACAAAAAAUGUCCCCACAGCUUCCGCGGCCACUGCUCGUACAUACGGAUGAACUACGAAUGUCGUCGGUUGCAGUGGUCGCAGAAGCGUGAGUACAGAGGGACAUGUCCCCACCCACGGUUAUUCAAUGUCCCCAUCAUCUACUCAUGUUCUAUAAACCUUUCUUAUCCCAGAAGAUUAACGUCCCCACAUGUCCCCACGGCUUCCGCGGCCACUGGAUGCAUAAAAAUUCAUUACAUGCCUCCCAUCUGGUCGUGUUUAACCUCUGUUCUCUUAUUAUUAUUAUCCUGCAUUUUAGUAGAGUUUUCCGACCGAGCUAAAUUUGAGUAUUUAUGCAAAUCCUCCAAUUUGGUUUGUAGCAUUGGAUAAAUUAAAAUUCAGAAUUGUAUUUAGUGACAGAAGGAGAAUGCUGAUGCAUGAUUCAAAGAUAAUAAAUACGUACGUGAGGUACCAUUUAAUGAAGCAGCCGUAAUGCAGGAAAUGCUAUUAUAUUCCAUUUUCCACACAAUAAUUACACUACACAAGAGCAGGUCGGAGUCGCUCCAUUGUAUUGAAUUCAAUCACUAAACUGCUUCCUGUUGGAGGCAGGUGUUCAUUUUUACCUGUAUUUUACUAAUAACCAGACGCACUGAAUUCUCAUACAUUUAGUAGCAAUAGAUAGCAAUGUCUUAUUCCGACUCUAAUUCUACGAAACGAUUUAAAGGGGUGGCUAGAGCGUUUAAAGAUUUGAAAUUGUAUACGGCUACUCAAGGUCAACAAGCAUGUAACGCGAUCAAGGGACGUGAGCUAAUUUCCAGUAUUAAACAGUCCACCGAUAAAUUUCCUGGUUUUAAGAGAAGAAAUCGGGUCUGUUUAGGAAACAUGAAACAUGAAAGUUUGUGUGACGAUGAUGAAGCCGUGUUGUGGAGUGAUUACGAGGAAGACUCGUCGUCAGAUAUGACCAAAAAUCCACAGCACCAACAUUUCAAAUCGCCUUCAUCUAAAAAUCCCUUCCAUAAUUCGUUGGAUAGUUUGAAUGGAACGGAAUUUUCAUUUAUCUCUCCUCGGGAACGAAAAAAUUUUGGAUCAAAUUCCUUCGGGUUGGUGGACAAGGGAACGAAAUCCUUGUACCAUAGUUCAUCCGGUUUUGGAAGAGGUGGAGUCUUUUCCAUCCCAUUUUUAAGGAAAGUGAAAUAAUAAUAAAAAACGACAAAAUAUGUACCUAUUUACUACAAAAUUAUCAUAAUUGCUCUACAUUUUCAAGAUGAUAAUAAAGAAGAAAAAUUAU